GCUCGUUCUGUUGUUGCUAUUGUUACUGCAAAUGAGUGAUGCAAUGCAAAGUCAGUUCAGAACAGCGCGGCACCUGCGCGUCACACUGGCAAAUAAUCGACUUGCUCAUCUAUAGACAAACAAUACAGACUUUCUGUGUGCUCACGUGGACAAUUUCAGAACUUUAAUGUCAGUGCAAGGACGUCACUGGAGCGUGCAACAAUAAAAACACACAAAAACAAGACUCAAGCAAAGCUGGACACGGUUCUAGAGAACGACCUUCCCUCCCGGUACCGAUUAUGCUCCGGGACGCAGAACUCGCUCGGUCGCUCAUUCGUUAUGUUCUCUGAGGCUUUGCAGUUUAAUGCAAAUGAAUUGCUUUCCGAGGUCUCAGUCUGCUUUUCCCCGUCAGCUCGUCGCUUCUGAACUGGGACCGGCAGUUUCGAGAGACCCUCGGCGCGCCGGAUCACGGGACCCUGACUGAACCCUUUGCGGGUGUGCAAGCACUGAGCCCGGACUGCUCCCUCGCACCCUGCCAGCGCCGACCAGCGCGCACCGCAAACAGGACUGACACCGUUUCAUGUCUUUUUAAAAAGUGGUUGCUGUAGUGCUGCUGGAGCGAUGCCGAGAUGUGUUGUAAUUGGCUGGCUGCUGCUGCUGCCAGUUCUGUGCCUGGCCGCGCCCACUCAUAUUAACCGCCUGGCGUUGUUUCCUGACAAGAGUGCCUGGUGCGAAGCGAAGAACAUCACGCAGAUCGUGGGGCACAGCGGCUGUGAGGCACGUUCCAUACAAAACCGGGCCUGUCUGGGGCAGUGCUUCAGCUACAGUGUGCCCAACACCUUCCCCCAGUCCACAGAGUCCCUGGUGCACUGCGAUUCCUGCAUGCCAGCCCAGUCACUGUGGGAGGUGGUCACCCUGGACUGCCCCGGGAACAAGGAGAUGCCCCGUGUGGACAAGCUAGUGGAGAAGAUCCUGCACUGCAGCUGCCAGUCCUGCGGCAAGGAGCCCGUCCUGGAGGGGGCGCUGUUAAACGUGUACCUGAACCCCCCCGCGCUCCCCCAGCCUGGCCACGGCCACCACCACCUGGAGAGAGAGGGGCAAGGGGAGGGGGAGAGCGAGCAUGCUGCCCUGCCAAAACACACUGAGAAACAAGAGGACUAGACCCUUCCCUCCUCCCCUCACCCCCUCCCCUCCUCUCCCCUCACUAUCUCCCUCCAUCUCCUCCUCUCCUCCUCU